AUGGGUGCCGUCGUCUCUUGCAUUCAGAACAUGUUCCGCACCAUCGGCAGCUGCCUGAUGGCCAUUGUCAACGGCAUCGCCGGCAUCCUGACGGCCAUCAUCCACGGCAUUGCCUCCUUCUUCAACAUCCUCAUCUCCUUCCUGACCUGCGGCUACUGCGGUCGCAAGCGAGGCGCGCGCGCCGGCCGCUCGCAUGGCACGAGGACGAGUCGAGUCUAG